UGUGUGUAAAAUAAAGACCAAAAAUCACAUCAUAUCGAUUUAUCCACAACUCUAUAAUUGGAGGAGAGAUAUUUUAGCCACACCAGAUUUAACCUAUGUGCUUUUAUCGCUGUUUCUUUAAUGCAGACGGAUCCAUAGGAUGCUAAAACACGGAGGCUUUUAGCUACGCUGUGAACGAAAGUUGUGUCUUUAGAAAGCAAAGUCAAAUUUGUGUGCAAGUCCCCCCAAAAAAAACCUAAAGUAUCAUCAUGGCUGAAAACAACUUCCCCCCACUGCCACGGUUCAUCCCACUCAAGCCCUGCUUUUACCAAGACUUCAAUGAGAUCCCAGACCAUUGCCGGACUAUGUGCAAACGCCUUUACUACCUAUGGAUUUUGAAUAGUGCCACUCUGGCAGUGAAUCUGAUUGGUUGUCUGGCGUGGAUGUGUGGUGGAGGUGGAGCGACUAACUUUGGCAUGGCUAUCCUCUGGCUCAUCCUCUUCACGCCUUGUUCCUAUGUGUGCUGGUUUAGGCCCAUAUACAAGGCAUUCAAGACUGACAGCUCCUUCAACUUCAUGGCUUUCUUCUUUGUUUUUAUGGCUCAAGUUGUGAUUGCUAUCAUUCAGACAGUUGGGAUCCCAGGCUGGGGAGUGUGUGGCUGGCUGGCGACCAUUACCUUCUUCAGCACCAACAUCGGCUCAGCUGUUGUGAUGCUAAUUCCCACCAUCAUGUUCACUGCAGUGGCUGUGCUCUCCUGCAUUGCCCUCACAAAGGUUCAUAACUUCUACCGUGGCAGUGGAGGGAGUUUUGGUAAGGCCCAGGAGGAGUGGACCACCGGUGCCUGGAAGAACCCUCACGUCCAGGUUGCGGCUCAACAGGCUGCAAUGGGAGCUGCUCAGGGUGCCAUGCAACAAAACCAAUACUCUGCAGCACCCACCUACAACUACGAUGAGCCAAUGUAGGACAGAAGGGCAGAGAGGGAGAGAUAAAAAAGGGAUCAAUUAGGAAUUCAUAAUUAGGUGCCCUUCAUUUCAACAUGAUUCUGAGAGAACAAUGGGUUGCAUUCAUGUGAUGUAAUUUU